UUUAAGUGUCGAAAUAUGAACAAUGCAAAGUUUGCUCUGUAAAAUCUGAAUCUGUAAAUCUUUAUGCUGCAGAUUUGCUCCUUUUACUUCAGUAAAGCACACGUCUUUUGUCGUAGCACGCCACUCCUCUGCUGGGUCGAAGGUUAAUGUGCAUCUUGUGCCUCUAAAGUACACAUGGUGAUGCAGACCUGGGUUUGAUACCCAGCCCUGCCCCUCCUUCUUCAUCUGUAUAAAACAAGGCCUCCUGCAGAGAUCCUUUCCCGAUCAACACGCUGACUGCUGCCAUGGCGUUUGUCGCUCCUCCUGGCUAUCAGCCAAUCUACAGCCCUUGUAUUCCCUAUCUGGGGCCCAUUUAUGGAGGCCUGAGGCAAGGAGUGUCCAUCUACAUCCAGGGGUCCAUCCCUGAAGACAUCACCAGGUUCUUUAUCAACCUGCUCUGCGGAGAGUCUGAGUCCAGCGACAUCGCCCUCCACUUCAACCCUCGCUUUGAUGGAUGGGACAAGGUGGUCUUCAACACUUGUCAGGAUCAAUCCUGGGGGUCCGAGGAUAAGAUUCGUGAUAUGCCCUUCAGCAAAGGCCAGACCUUUGAAAUGGUCAUCAUGAUCACUUCACAAGGCUACCAGAUCAAAGUCAAUGGGAAUGACUUCUACACCUUUGAACACCGUAUCCCUGUGGAGAGAGUCCGUGCGAUGCAGAUCGGAGGAGAUGUUUCCAUCCAGACGAUUAAUGUCAUCGGGGGUGGAAUGGGAGGAGGCAUGGGAGGAGGCAUGGGAGGAGGCAUGGGAGGAGGAUACCCCGGCGGCAUGGGUGGAGGAAUGGGAGGUGGAAUGGGAGGAGGUUAUCCAGGAGGUGGCAUGGGAGGUGGCAUGGGAGGAGGAUAUCCAGGAGGUGGCAUGGGGGAUGGAUAUCCAGGUGGCAUGGGAGAUGGGAUGGGGGGAGGCAUGGGAGGAGGCAUGGGAGGAGGAUAUCCAGGAUGUGACAUGGGGGGAGGAUACCCCGGCGGCAUGGGUGGAGGAAUGGGAGGAGGAUUCCCAGGAUCAAACCUGCCGGGCAUGGGUGGGCAGCCUGUCUACAACCCUCCCGUGCCUUACUCCAACAUGAUCCCUGGAGGAAUGUUCCCUAAGAGGACCCUCAUCAUCAGAGGCAUGAUCCCCUAUGGAGCAGACAGAAUAAGCAUCAACUUCAUGAUGAGCAGAUCCCGGGACAUCGCCUUCCACCUGAACCCCAGAGUGAGGGAGGGGGUUGUGGUGAGGAACAGCAUGAUUGGAGGUGACUGGGGCCAGGAGGAACGAGAGGCCGGCAUGAACCCCUUCAUGGAGGGACAGUACUUUGAUAUGUCGAUUCGCUGCGGGAACCAGAGAUUUAAAGUGUUUGUGAACGGGCAGCACUUGUUCGACUUCUUCCACCGCGUCCACUCCUUCAAUGAAAUCGACAUGCUGGAGAUUGAAGGCGACAUUCAGAUCUCCUACAUCCACUUCUGAGAGCGCACGCACCUCUAGGGGCUUUAAAAUCUGUACAUUAUCCAACUGUUUCAUGUGUUUUUCAGAUGUUCUUUAAGAGGAUUUGUCAGCCACUG